UCCGAUUGCUGAAAGUAGAAAUCGACUGUAUUCAAGAUUUCCGUUCGUCAUAUCCGCCUAGUUCUAAAUUUAUUUAGUUAAAAUAUUUCAUUCCGUAUUUUGUUAUUUUAUACGUUCGAUAUUUUAGUUCAUUUUUAAUUAUUGAUGUAUUUUUGAAAUGAUUACACUGAAUGUAUAGGUGUCUACGAUACGUCUCAAAAACAUAAUUUAUUCAGUUUUUCACAUUCAAGUAAAUAGACAAUAAUAUAAUAACAUAUUAAAAUGACUACAACACUUAAACCUUAUUUAUCGGUUGUGAAACAUACAUUAGAUGCUGCCAUAUGCAUAACUCAAUUUUAUUCACAAGUAGUGGAACGCCAUAGUAAGCCUGAAAUUGAAAUGCAAACAAAUAGAGAACUUAUACUAACGCCAGUAUUAAUCAGUCGCAAUGAAAGAGAACGUGUAUUUAUUGAGAGCUCAAUAAAUUCUAUACGUGUCAGCAUAGCAAUUAAACAGUGCGAUGAAAUUGAACGGUUGUUAUGUGAUAAAUUUACACGAUUUAUGAUGAAAAGAGCAGAAAACUUUUUCAUUUUAAGGAGAAAACCUAUUGCUGGCUAUGAUAUAACAUUUUUAAUCACUAAUGUGCAUGUGGAACAAAUGUACAGGAACAAGUUAAUUGAUUUCAUUAUCCGAUUUAUGGAGGAAAUUGACAAAGAAAUAAGUGAAAUGAAGCUUGCAAUCAAUGCUAGAGCACGAAUUUGUUCUGAAGAAUUUCUGAAGCAUUUUUAAUAACCAAAAUAUUUAAUAUUAUUGUGGAAUCGAUAAUUUUUUUUGUAUUAUGAUACGUAUUGAUAUUAUAAAAUGUUUAAAAGCCAGUUUUUAUUUGAAGUUAUUGUAAGUUAAUAAUUUAAGUAAGUUAAUUACAAAUAUGGUUGUAAUUUGUAGGUAGUGAACCGAUAAAGGAAACUAAAAUAUAUAAAUAAAAACAUGUACCAAUAGUAAAAUACAUGUAUACAAUAAGUAGUCAAUUAAAACUAUGUUCAAUUAUGUUUAUUUAUUUAUAUUUAUAAUUUAGGAACAUGUAUGUCUGCUAUAAUAUUGUACUUUCAUUUAAAUUUAUUAUUGCCCAUUUUCAGUAUUCUCUAUUGUAUACAUGACGGGAUUAUUUUUUAUUAGUUACUGGUAAAAUUAAAAACCUACAGUCUUAAACAAUCUUAAACAUUGUAAUAUUAUUGAUCUGGCCAAUACCGAUAAGUAUAAUUGCAUAACAAAACUUACCAUAUUAUAAUAAUUUAUUUUAA